GUGUUUUUGUACUUUUAAGCUUAUUUUAGCUUGUGUUUUCACGGAACUUCCUCUGAAUUUUACCGGCGCCGUCACAUGAUGAAUGGUCUCUCAUAUCAAAUUGGAGAAUGGAGAGUAUCGAUCGACUGUACGGCUGCUCCGCAACCUUUCCAUACGUGCUACCAAGCCAAUUAAAACCUUCUCCGCCAUUGGACUUUUGUUCCUUGUUGGCAGCUUCUCCAACCAAUUUGACCUAGCUAAUGACAAACUUCUGCCAAAGUCUUUGCUAGCUUUCACGUUUGGCAAGUGGGCAGAGCCUUCAGUGUUGUAUGCGACUAAGAUCGCAAGCAGGCAAGCAGGAGCAGCACACCGGUUCCGGUAGCCUGUUCAGGGGAGCACCCCAUCAGUGACUGAGGAUGGUGACGGUGGAGCUCUACCGGGCGGAGACUGAAACCAGACGCACUUUCUUAAAUAGCAUAUUCUUGUUUUAAAGUGUUACCGGAAAACAUUAUUUGUUUGGUUAAUAAGUGUCAGGACCAUAGUUACUGAAAAGAAGGAUUGGAGCUGUUCUAUGAUUGCAUACAAAACAGCAGAGACCAGAGUAGACGUUAAGAAAAGAACCUCUUUAGUGACGAUUUCUUCCUUCUCCUUCCUCUUCUUCCUUGGCCUCUUAAUUGGAAUGUUGUCUGCCCCCUGUGCUGCUCUCUCGGUGGUUUUUGACAAAAACAGUGUUCUUGAGCAAAUAUGCAGUGGAAAGAAUUGUAUGGAUAUGUCGACUGUUGAUGCGGAUACUUCUUCAAAAAUGAAUGAGGAUUUUUUCAAUCAUAUCUUAAAAGUGGACAUUAGUCAUCAACUUAGUAUGAUAUCUUUUACAAGAAAUUGAAGGACAUUAACUCUGCUACGCACGGUAAAAGUUGACUUAACUAGGAGAUAAAAAAGGAAGUUGAUGGCCUGAAGCAGGUGUCUUGGUUAUAGACUGCUUUUCUAGAAAAUAUUACAUCAAAUCUUGCUGGUCACCUUCAAUUAUUAUUAACCUCAUACACGUGCCAGUGAUGGUGUUGUUUUCAGUUUACCUUCCAUUGAUGAAUGAAUCAGCUGCAUUCAAAUUUGGGUUUCUGUUUUUUUAACAAAAAAAACUUCAUUACCAAUGACUACAAAUGCGAAAUAUAAUAAAAAACCAAAUCCGAAAUUGAGAUUUGGGUACAGGUUGAGCAAAAUGGGAGAUGUAAAUGGUUAGAUUGUAUUUUGUUAUUAAAGGCUUUAAUAGUUACUAUAUUAUGAGCCUGAUGGACAUAUGAUUAAAUAGAUUCUAAUAUCUA